CGAAUCCCAAUUCCCAAUUCUUCACAUCUCACAAUCUAAGCCGCCUCCUCCUUCUUUCCCUUCUCCUCCUUCCGCCGCCAGCCCCCGGGCUCAUCUCCAUCGCCCAAAAUCCGUUCUAGGGUCAUUUAAUUUUGGAAUAUCCAAUCGACGGCUAGGAUUGGUGCAUUCAAGGAAGCAACGGAGUCUUGAUUCGCUCCGAGAAUAUGAGUGCCGUCAACCUUACGAACGUCGCCGUUCUGGACAAUCCGGCCGCAUUCCUCAGCCCUUUUCAGUUUGAAAUCUCGUACGAGUGCUUGACUCCCCUCAAAGACGACUUGGAAUGGAAGCUGAUAUAUGUGGGAUCUGCUGAAGAUGAAACUUAUGACCAAAUGUUGGAGAGUGUGCUUGUUGGUCCUGUCAAUGUUGGCAACUACCGUUUCGUCUUUCAGGCAGACCCUCCAGAUCCAUCAAAAAUACGCGAGGAAGAUAUCAUCGGUGUCACGGUACUGCUAUUGACAUGUUCUUAUCUGGGGCAGGAGUUUGUUAGGGUGGGGUACUAUGUGAACAAUGAUUAUGAUGAUGAGCAGCUGAGGGAGGAACCUCCCUCUAAGGUGUUGGUUGAUAGGGUUCAGAGAAACAUUUUAGCGGACAAGCCGAGGGUCACAAAGUUCCCCAUUAAUUUUCAUCCCGAGAACGGUGAGAACGCGGGGCAGCAGCCCCCACAUUCACCUGAUCACGUAACUGAAACAAAGCAGCCCCUUCCUUCUCCCGAUUGUGCAGCUGGAGAAAACAUCAAGGGAGAAGAACCACCCGUCUCACCUGUACCAUCUGUCCGUGUGCAGUAGUAAAGUUGAAUUGGCUUCAUGAUCUCCACGUUGCUACGAGAAAUUUGGGUCCGGCGAGCAUUUCAGUUGACAUAACUAUGCUAAGUUUUAAACAGCCCCAAUUUUUUGAAACAGAUUGUACCCUAUACACUAAUGUUAUUGCAUGUUCUGUGUCUCGUAUAAUUGUCUUGUAAUCGAAACUCAAGAGUUUAGUAAUUCAGAUUUGUAGUGCAAUUCUAUAUUAUAGAAAUGUCGGUGAAGUAUGGUAUAAACACAAAUAUUGUGUUAUUUGGAUGUUAAAUAGGAAAGUAGAAUGCAAUUAUUUCAA